ACACGAAGUCCCGUCCUAUAUUCGUUAGUCGAGAGCAUGGAAUCAUCUCGUAUACACACUGUGCACUUACCAAAACAAUACUACGUCAUUUACUCAUUACAAAUUUGUUUAUUUACGUUUUUGUUUUAACGUACACGGGUAGAAAUAAGUGUUUAUUUGUCAUAUUAACCCUAAUUACUUAAUGAUGUAAAUUAUACAUAAGUGAACUAAAUAAAUUCUCGUUAUCUAUCAAUAGUUGUCGAGUACGUGGUUAAGUCAGUGCUCUUUUGAUCUUGCCUGUGUCGUGGUACUUGUUUUUUAAAUGCGUGUUGAUUAAUAUUAGUGCUGUCUCGUUAGUUUUAUUUGCUUCUUUAAAUUUAUAAAUAUGGCAACGCUGCCGCGGAUGCACGGUUCGAAACACGGAAGUGCUAUAUCUUCGCCGUUUAGUACCAGUCCACGAAAACUUCAAGAAAUGUCUCUUCCAAAUACAGAAGGCCAUGAUGUAACAGCAGCCAGUGGAGUUAGUAUGAAACAGUACGAAGAUCAGCUUAAUUCACUGCGCAAAGAAAACUUCCAUUUGAAAUUGAGGAUAUAUUUUCUGGAAGAGAAGCUAGGUACCGGAGCACCGCCAGCAGUACAAGGUUUACUCGAGCAUAACGUUCGACUUCAAGUCGAAGUUGAGGAACUAAGGAGACAGCUGACUGACAAACAGGAGUUACUGGCCGCAGCUGCAGAAGCUAUUGACGUCUUAGAACAACAGGGAUCUAUUUCCAAUGAUAGUGUCGACGCAUCACUGAACAACAGCAUGCCUGUGAAAAAAGAUGUCAAAGAUGAAAAAAGAAACGUAGACGAUACGUGCGCAGAGUCGGAGUCAGCUGGGGAUUAUCUAGCUGUAACUGUCAACAAUGAUGAUUUGGAUGAACUUGCAAGACUGAGGAGAGAAAACCGAAAAGCUCUGCAAAUGAUUAAAGGGUGCAUGAAAAAGAUACAACAACAAGAUAAAGAAAUAAAAAAGUUGAAACUGAAUAAGGAAUUAGUUUACGCGCAUGUUAGUGACUCUCAGUUGGAAAAGUAUGAAGAAAUAUUGAAAUGUAAAGAUGAGCACAUUAAGGAUUUGGAAAACAAAGUCAGGGAACUUCAAAAAAGCGUCGAAAAUAUACACACUCAUGAUACGACUGGGAACCUUCAGCAGUUAUUAACUCGGCGAUUGCAGGGAUUGGCUUAUUUCCUGGAUAAAUUACUGUCACACAAAUGUGUUCUUGGCGAAGACAAGAAAAAACUAGCAGAGAGUAUAUUGGAACAAAGUUUAGCUUUGCCUGUGGGAUUAAAAUUGGAUGAAUCUAUGGCGCCCGAAGAGUUUACAAUGGAGGAAAGCAAUCUAGACAUCUCGCAAUCAUUGAGGAUGGAAGAUUUGACAAUGAUGUUUGGACAUCACAUGUUAUGCAGUGAUGAUACCAAUAAAAAUUCGCCGAAACGGUCCUUAAGACAUUAUCCACAGGCAGAUUUGAUGUCAGAGUCCGAGUGCUGGUCAGAACCUGACAGGAAUGUAUCACUUGCUCGAGUUGGAUUGUGCGACACGGGAUUGGCGAUUCGUGAGUCUGUUUCCGAUAGUAAUCGUUACCGGUCACGACGAUCUAAAGUGUCAUUUGGGUCUCGUUCUGAAGACAACAAAGCAAGCAACGAUGGUGCUUUGCUCGAUGAAAUAACUGAACUUACCAAACGUACUGAAGAAUUAGAGGACGAAAGGAAUGAUUUGAGCAGUAAACUAGAUUUUGCUAUGACACAAAUUAAAGAUCUUAUUACGGAAAAAGAUGAAUUAAAGGUUGUCAUAGCAGCAGAACGUUCAAGCCUCUCGGAAUCGAACAAAAAAUUGGAAAUUAUGAAGACCACUAUUGCAAAUUUAGAGUCUAGAAUAAAAGAUGUUGAACAGCAACUAACAGAAGCACAUCAAGUUACAGAAAAAUUGCGAUCAGAAAGACAAGAGUUAGAAUCAACGUUUUUGGAAACAGAACGAUCGUUAAGACGUGCUGCUGAUGAAGCUACAGUUCAAGCAUCACAAGCCGCGUUAGAAAGAGCUCGAGCGCAACAUGACAGACUUCGCAUUGAAAGAGAACUGGAAGAGACACGAGAUAAAUUAAACACGGUCACGGAAACUAACGCACAGCUGGAAAUGGAAGUUGCUCGAAAUGUGGCUUUACAAGUUGAGAAUAAAAUUGUAGCUGUACACGAAGGUCUUGUAUCAGAAGAAGACAGACCAACUUCACCAGACCAAGGCAUUGAUAGUGACAGACUGUCUAGCCUUGAACAAAAUGACGCUGUUGCUUUAUCACCACGUUCAUUAUACGAAGAAAACGUUACAUUAAAACAAAAGCUCGCAAGAACAAAAGCUACACUAGCAGAUACCCUCGCGCAGUUGAAUGCGGCUAAUAUGAGGAAGAGAAGUGUGCAGCGCGCUAUUUGCCGCGAAAUUCAUAAAACUCAAGGUGUUCUACGUAAAGCUCGCGAUCAGCUUGAGAAUCAAAACAAUUAAAAUUGUUUAGGUAUAUUUCAUUAUACCUACUAAUUCAAUAAAUGGUCCUUUUAGGCACCUACAACUUACUGAAUAGUUUAAGCAAGAAUUUAAUGGACUACUAUUACGUGUUCAUUACUGUGAUUUGACAUAGUGUAGGAUUUGCUAAUCUUUUUUAAUCUUUUGUUUAAUUUGGUAUGCAAUCAGUUUAACCAUAACCAGUCCAUUUAUGUUAACUUGUAUAAUAGUAUUAAUAAUAAUUUUACAUUAAAGUAUGAAUUAAA